CAGUUAUUGGCACAACAGACAACGUUUUGAUUUCCGCGUUUCCAUCAUCACAUCACAUCACCGUUCGGUUCGGUUCCAGUCCAAAACAACAACCCCCAAGCAUAACAUUCUCUAGAUACUCUCUUCCAAACUCACGUAUCUGUCUAUAACACAUGGAAUUCGGUUUAUUUGUUGGUCUCACUCUCAACGUGUGAAGUCUCAACCAAACAAUAUGGCUUCAACACCUCUUGUCUUCUCCACCUCCAUCUCUUCCAAAUCACACCUUCUUCAUCAUCAUCCACAUCUUAAUUCCUUACCAUCUUCUUCCUUAUGCUUCAAAUCGAAACAGAGUUUUCAAUAUUUUUCUUCAAACCCACUCUUGCUUUCUCAUAAACUAGUCACACGAGUUUCUUCUUCUGAAGAACGUGCUACUACUCAAGUCACAGAUUCUGAUUUGGUGGGUGAGGACUCUGCAACCUUUGACAUUCAAAAUCAGAAACUAUCUUCCUGGUUUUACUUCACUGCAGUAUUGGGAGUGGUUUUGUCUGUUCUUAAUGUGAUUUGGAUUGAUGAUUCAACUGGGUUUGGUAAGGCUUUUGUUGAUUCCAUUUCUGGAAUUUCAGAUAGUCAUGAGGUGGUAAUGUUGGUCCUGGUUCUCAUAUUUGCGGGUGUCCACAGUGGCCUGGCCAGCUUCCGUGACACCGGAGAGAAACUCAUCGGUGAACGAGCUUACCGUGUUCUUUUUGCAGGCACAUCGCUACCUUUGGCUCUCACAAUGAUUGUGUAUUUUAUUAAUCACAGAUAUGAUGGACUUCAGCUCUGGCAGCUCCAAGAUGUUCCUGGGGUUCAUCAACUUGUGUGGAUUUCUAACUUCAUCUCCUUCCUUUUCCUGUAUCCUGCAACCUUUAAUCUUUUAGAGGUUGCAGCAGUUGACAAGCCUAAGUUACAUCUCUAUGAAACUGGAAUUAUGAGAAUAACCAGGCAUCCACAGAUGGUUGGACAGGUCAUGUGGUGUCUUGCUCAUACAGUUUGGAUAGGAAAUUCUGUGGCGGUUGCAGCUUCAUUUGCUUUAAUUGCACACCAUUUAUUUGGUGUUUGGAAUGGAGAUAGGAAACUAGCUGAAAGAUAUGGGGAAGAUUUUGAGAUAGUUAAGGGCAGAACAAGUGUUGUCCCUUUUGCAGCAAUACUUGAUGGAAGACAAAAGUUACCAAAAGAUUUCUACAAAGAGUUCAUUCGAUUACCAUACUUUACAAUCACUGCUUUAACAUUAGGAGCUUACUUUGCACAUCCACUUAUGCGGGCAGCUAGUUUGAAGCUUCAUUGGUAGUUCAAAAUCUUAUGUUUAUAGGUACAGAUAUACUGAUGCCACGCUUUGUAUACGGAUGGAUAGUGCAUGCACAUCGACUAGGAAAGUGAAAACAUCAUAAAGGAUUCAAAAAUUGAUUGAAAAGUUCUUUUUAAAACAAAUUAACUGAAAAGUUGAUCAUGUUCACCUCCAA